AUGGACUCUACUAAAGACGAGGCCUCUCGCCAGAAUCGCACUUUCUCCGGAAACGCAACCAGCGUGAAGAAAUUUGGACACUUGCUCGCAUUCGCUCGUGCCCCAGUGGCAAUCUUCCGAGACCCUACCUGCAAGAAGCGCUCCGUAUCAAGCCCCGUCGCUGUCCUGCCUGGGCCCGCAGCCCGGGGUAGCUACUACAUGAAAUACUACCAGUGCAACAACUCGUUUGUGAUUACCAAACCGACAGCGCUCGACCUGCAAAUGCCCAGCGCUCCGCAGUCUUCCGAGUCAACCGCGACGCCGACUAGCGGCAGCCAAACGCCGCCUUCAAACAACGGUGCGUCUGACACGCAACCAUCGACAAUCGGAUCGCCACAGCUACAAUCGGUCAACAUCAAGAAAGACGAGCCCAUGGUAGACAUUGAUAUCGACUGCAAGAGCAUCUUUCCGACGCCGACUCUUUCGACUGCCAAUGUCGACCUUGACCCCAAAUUGGCGCCUCCCGUCAAAGAUCCCGUCAAGGCGGUCACGGUAGAAAAAGAGGCUUAUGUGCCGGUGUUGUCUCCGCCUCGAGAGACAGCUCUUUCCGGAGUUCGCCCUGGGGACUGUCGUCUGAACAAUGGGCCAAAAGAUUCAAACGCACUUAUCACCAUACCUGACAAACCGGUCGUUCUGGAGAGGCCCUCGGUAGUAACUGUCGAGCUAGCUGCUGCAGCCAAGAUAUUUCUUGAGAUACACUACAAUGAGCUCCUCCGUGGGCCGACACCCCGGGCUCUAAGGGCUUACCAUGUAGAGACUCAGCUUGUCAACGCACGGAAUCUGACCUCUGGGGGGCGACAAGCCUAUCUCGAAGCAUUUUAUCGAGCAGAAUCCUUCCAUUUGAGGGAAAACCGCGUUCUCAAGGCAAGGAGUACCCGGUCUCUCCUCUUAGAUGAGGGCAACGGGCCCUCUCUUUUGCAUGCGUCAAUAUGCGCAGCAGACUUUGAGAUGCUCAAGAUCCUCGGCAAAGGAAGCUUCGGCACCGUCCGGCUCGUCCGUGAAAAGCCGGCCGCGUUCGACAGUCUUGCUGUCGCCAAGGAAAAGCGCAAGCAGGUGUACGCAAUGAAAGUCAUCCGCAAGUCCGAAAUGAUUCGUUCGGGGCAGGAAGGCCAUGAUGUCGCCAACUUGUAUCUUGUCAUGGAGUACAUGCCUGGCGGUGAUUUCCUCGGUCUGCUUAUCCGAGAAAACAUUCUCGACGAAGCAGUUACCCGAUUUUACAUUGCAGAGAUGAUUCUUUGCGUUGAAGAAGCACACGCUCUGCAGUUCAUUCACCGAGACAUCAAGCCCGACAAUUUCCUGAUCAGCGCAUCAGGCCACUUAAAAAUCUCAGAUUUUGGCCUGGCAUUUGACGGCCACUGGAGUCAUGACUCUAAGUAUUACAGCAGCACACGAUACUCGCUGCUUCAGAAUCUUGGCAUUUAUGUACCGGGCGAUGAGUUGGACCGACAGAAAGAUGAGAGUGUCGGAAGGCCCGGGACGAUGGUAUGCAGUAGCAGCAUGAUGUCAAGCUUGGAGAAACACCAGCGACCGCCAGAUGCCGACAACAAAGAGCCGAUUCUCCAGUGGCGGAACAGAUGCGGCAACCAUUAUUCGGCGACAAGCGUCGUCGGCACAAGUCAGUACAUGGCACCAGAAGUCGUCAGGGGAGAAACCUACGACGGCCGCUGUGAUUAG